CAAGGCAAAAUGUUACACAACCAUAUUUAUACGUAAGAUAAUGGUAGUCGAGUUCUCUGUUCCAAAAUUAGAUUAAUCACAAAUACAUUUUUUUCAAAACAAAACAAGAUUUUCGCUAACCUCAACAGAGAAAAAUGAAAAAAAGGCGGUUUGAUUUAUAUGUGUGUGAUUAAUUUUACAAAACUUCUCCCAGUGCUUGGCAUAUUGAACAAAUGUAACUUAGCUGUUGUACAAAUUUUGCCGUACAUUCAACACAUUGUUCUGCCUAAGAACGAUUCUCGACUAAAUCCUUCAGUGUAUGUUGCGACAGAGUACUUUACUGAUCAAGAAAAAUAUUUCUACUUAAUUACGCUGCAUACACUAGCAGCUUCUUACGUAGGAAAUGCCUUAAUGAUAGCAACAGGGACGAUGCUCAUUGGAUAUAUUCAACAUAUCUGCGGAAUGUUUAGUAUCGCCAGUUAUCGAAUCAAACAGGCAAUCAAUAUUUUACAAAAAGAUAUCCUAAAGAGUGAGAACAUGGUUUAUAAGGAGCUUACUUAUGCCAUAGAUAUACAUCGCAAGGCUAUGGAGUUCACGGACUUUUUAAUAUCAAAUUUUGUGGGAUCAUUCUUCUUCUUGAUAGCAAUCGGCGUGACUUGUAUUAGCCUUAAUCUUUUUUGGCUUGCGUCAUAUAGUGAUGAAAUUGAAAAACUUGUACCUUUUAUAAUAAUAAACAUCCUCUACACGUACUUGUUCUUAGCCAACUAUAUAGCGCAAGAAAUUACGGAUCACAACGAAUAUGUAUUUGCCACAGUAUACAACGUUCAGUGGUACACGGCUCCCUUACAUAUACAGAAAAUAAUAUUGUUUCUACUACAAAGAGGCACUAAACCAUUUCAUAUAAAUCUCGGUGGAAUAUUUGUGGCGUCCUUAGAAAGUGCGGUUACGUUGCAUCAGGAGGCUCAAACUCCAUAAGAACUCAUCGAUAAUGGGGAAGAAUGGGGAAGACGGGAGAACAAAAGUUGUUUAACACUCUAAUUAGAAUGACGAA